AUGGAUUCGCGGGGGACCGUCUUUGCGCUCAUCGUGAUCAACAAGGCCGGAGGCUUGAUCUACAACCGCACAUUUCACGAGGGCGGCCUCAACCAACUGACGACAAAUGACUAUCUUGUGUUGGCAGGAACGUUUCACGGCGUCCAUGCUAUCACCGCCCGGCUCAACCCUCUGAUGAGCCGGCAAGAUGCUGCAGCCGCUGCAACCGCAGCCAGCGUGACCGCGGCGGGCGGAAUACCUGCACGGCCUGAGCCGCCAACGGGACUAGAGGUCAUGGAGACGGAGAACUUUAGGCUGCAGUGCUUCAACACCAUGACAGGCACAAAGUUCCUGCUCUUCACCGAUACGACUCAGACCAACAUCGACGUAACGCUUCGGAGGAUAUACGACCUUUACAGCGAUUACGUCAUGAAAAACCCGUUCUAUCAGCUCGAAAUGCCCAUCCGCUGCGAGAUGUUUGAACGGAAAUUGUUAUCAUACAUCCGGGAGAUCAACAAUCGAUAG